AUGCUGUCCAAAUACAUCAUCGCCGUGGCCGCCCUCGGCCUCACGACCCUCGCAUCGGCCCAGCAGCCAUGCGGUCUCAAAAUCGCUCCCUGCCCUUACGACCAGCGCUGUGUUCCCGACUCCAAGGACUGCACCGACCUCAACCGGUGCAAGGGAACGUGCCAGUUCAAGAACAAGUACACUUCGUGUGGGGGGAAGCGUGUUGACCCCGUCGACUGCGAGGCCGACACUGAGUGUCGUGAUGACCCUCGCCUCCCUGAGAGCUGCGGCCUGGCUUGUGAUAUUCCGGGCAUCUGUAUGCCCAAGAAGCCCCGUCAGUGUGCUGGGUUUGCUGGAUUUGCUUGUCCCAAGGGCCAGUUCUGCUAUGAUGUGCCCAAGGAUGGGUGCGACCCGAAGAACGGAGGAGCUGACUGCUUGGGGCUGUGUUUGUAA